GCCGCACAUUAGUUUAAUUAAAUAAUUGAUAUGGAGCAAAGUGAAUUACAUGUCACUAAACCAGAGAUCAAGUCCACUAUCUAACAUGUAGUUAAUUGAGGAUAAAAUUGUUUAACCGAAUUCCUAUUUUGAUAUGAGUGGUGCGGAUCAAGAACAAAUCGGCAAAGGAAUAGGAAACAAUUUUGCCCGCUAGUUAUAAAUAGCGUAGGUCUAUGAUUGUAAAGGACAGAUUGUACGCAUUUCAUCUUCUACUUUAGCAAAACAAUAACAAAGCUUCACCUCUAUUUUAGUUGCCUUUAUUUUAUUUACUUCUCAUAUUAAAAUAUAUUUCUUGUACUUAACCCAAUACAUUUUUCAUCUAUUUGAUUGCCCAAACAAUUUGGCGCCGUCUGUGGGAAACGUGCAAGAAAAAUCAUCAUUCAUGGAAGAUAAAAACUCAACUAUAAUGGUGGAAGUCCAAAAACAAAUGGAGGCGAUGAAAGAAGAAAUACGACGUGAAGUGGCGGAACAAAUGGCUCACCUCCAACGGGAAAAUGACGUACUACGAUCCCAAGUGCAAUCGGCGGUGUCCAUAGCCUCUAAUUCAAGAAACAAUCAAAGGAGCGACGUUAUGACCGCCUCCGCUAGGUUGGACCUAGGCUUCACCCGGCUGCAACAGAACCACCUGCCACCACAACGGAUCCCAUCUCUCUCACGCUAGGCUCAUCACCGAUCGGUGACCCUCAAUCCACGGUAAUCUCACAAGUCAUACCUUAUGAGCCCCUUGUUUCAGAGACGACUCCAGUUCCCAACAUCCCCUUCUUUCCGGAGUCAUUUGAUCAAUCAAAGCAUACCGACUUGAACUGCCACGUCGGCUCCAACGGGUCCAUUCAUUCCUCCUUCGGGGACCAAUAUGUCUGGAGAAUCGAGAUCGUCUAAUCGAUUUGUUCCCCUUUCGAAUCCUAGAUGAAAUGUGUUCCACAACCUGUUUGCAGAACUUCAAAGGCAACAAGUUUCAAAACAUGUCAACAUCUGUAGACAUGUCGACAUCUCUAGACAGAGACAACAAGAACCUUAAGUCAUCGUCAUCCCAUCUCCAACUAGACAUGAGGCAACCCAAGUAGUUACACCACAUAUCAUGACGAUGAGACAAAUGCAGGCGGAUCCGACGGACCCCGUGUCCAUGAUCUUAGAACAGCUGAAGGAGAUGCGAGAUAAAAUCAAUUGCAUUCCUGGAGUACCGCCACCAUUGGAUAUUGCUUUGCAGACGUGUUACACAGACUCUCCCUUUGGACGACAUAUCACUGACGUCGAGAUCCCAAGAAAGUUCGAUGCCCCAUCAAUGAAGUUGUUCGAUGGAACUUCCGAUCCCUUGGAACACAUUGCGCAGUACAAGCAGCGGAUGUUGGCCAUUUCAACCAGGUCAGAGCAACGGGAAGCUUGCAUGUGUAGAGCAUUCGAGACGACAUUAACGGGUCCAACGUUGACAUGUUUCGUCAAUUUGCCCAACAAAGGAAUCAACUCAUUUGUAGAGCUUGUCAACUUGUUCAACCAACAAUUCACAAGCAGCUAGGUCCUCGAAAAACAGACCAGUGACCUUUACUGGGUAAUCCAACGACGGAAUGAUUCUUUGAGAGAUUAUUUACACUGAUUCAAUAAGGAAAUGGCGUCGAUCGCAAAACAUGACGUCUCUACCAUCAUUGAAGCAUUCAAAAGGGGUUUGUAUAAAGAUUCAGAGUUGUACCACGAACUGAUGAAAUACCCUUGUCGGUCCUUUGAAGAUGUCCAAGCAAAGACGAUGGCUUUCACCCGUCUAGAAGAAGACUUACGAUCCCGUUGCAGACAAAUUGAGCAUGAAGGGGCGCACUGGAAAUCAGAAUCUCCCAAGAGGCAUGAUUACAAUCAUGGAAAACCUUAUUCGAGACCUGAGGAACGAGUCAUCACUUCCGUGAUGAGAUAGAUCAGACGACAUGAUUGAAGUCGUCGGACGGGGGCAUGUAGUCCGAUGAUAGACAGACCAGACGACAUGAUUGAAAUCGUCGGAGAGGGGGGCAUAUCAUCUGACAAAAGACAGAUUCUAAUGACAAAUGUAUGUUUAGUUUCAUAUACAUAUUUUUAAUUUAUUACUUUACUUUACCUAUAAAUGAUCACUAACUUAUGCAUCGGAGGGCCGUUGGCUUUUAGCUCACGGCCGAUGUUAGCAAAUUCUUUUUACGCAGGUACAAUCAACAAUCGACGAUGACAGAAUCCUAACAUACAUCAAACAAAACCUUACAAAAACGUCAAAACACGAUUGACGAGGGGCUUACAGAAUCUUAGGGGAAGAAGUGGAGUUUUCAUGUACGCUAAACAUGAGUACAAACACCACCAAAUCUCCGCAAUGUUUUGGCCAAAACUACAUAAAUACAAAACAGAAACAUGUGCUCCAAAAGCAUGACAACAAAAGCUCCAAAAUUAUACAUAAGAACACACUACAUUUGACAUCGACACGAAUGAAGUUGACACGGAUGACGUCGACGCGAACCGUAAACAUCCAUUCUUAAGUUGACGUAUUACUCUAAAUAUACAAAUGAAAUAUUGUUUAAAUUUUUUGCAGAAUACGGUCACACUCACGGAGCCAAACUCGUCAUUUAUCUAGUGAGGGAAAAAUCACCCUUGCUAAUUGAAGUGUCCACAUCAACCUGGACGAAGUUUCAACUCGUCAACAUUGCCUAGUUAUGAUCACUAGCACAAAUUCGGAGGAAGAAGACAGGAGAUCAGCAUUCGUUCUUCAUCGCUUCAGUCAAAGAGACAGAUUCAAUCAAAAACUACUUGCAAGAAAAGUGACAGAUUGACGGAAGUGCCUUAUCUAAAGAUUGACGGGUUGACAGAAGCGUCUCGUCAUACGAGUGACGGGUUGACGACAUGUCUCGUCAAACAGAUGACGAGUCUAUAAGUGCAAUAAUCAAUGAUGACAAGUUUAAUUUCUUUCAAAAUUUCGAAAAGUUGCUGCUUAACGGAUGGAUAUUGAUAUGCACUAAUUAGUAGUGCGCAAAUGUAUGUUCUUAUGUUUGAUUUGUG